UACUUUCUUGGAAGCUUCCAACUGCAAGCCAUCGCUGUCUUCUCUUCCCCGCAAACCAAACCAAUGUCGCAUGCUUCCUUUUUGACCCCAUUAAGAACCGUAGGUGGGCUUUCUCUCAAAUAUCCAUUUUUCCUUAGGCUAUAUAAUCAUCAUCUCUUCAUGGUUUUAGCACAAAUCCCGUUGGCUUCCUGGAAAGGGAAAUGAGAAGAAAGGCUUGAGCUUUUUUUUUUUUUUGUUUAGCACGUUUCUUGUUGGUGGAGUGAAGAUGGAGUUGUUUUCGCCGGUUGGCCUUCGUGUUUGGUCUUGGGUUUCUCUAGUGCUCUUGCUGCUCAAUAGUGGAAUAGUAUUAUCGGAUUCCAGAUAUCUGAUUGGGCUUGGGAGCUAUGAUAUUACAGGACCUGCUGCUGAUGUUAAUAUGAUGGGUUAUGCUAACUCUGAUCAGAUUGCUUCUGGGAUUCACUUUAGGCUGCGGGCUCGGACUUUUAUCGUCGCGGAGCCACAGGGAAACCGGGUUGUAUUCGUCAAUUUGGAUGCCUGUAUGGCCUCACAGCUUGUGAAAAUUAAAGUGAUUGAACGAUUGAAGUCGAGGUAUGGGGAUCUCUACACUGAAAAGAAUGUUGCUAUCAGUGGUAUUCACACCCAUGCUGGUCCAGGGGGCUAUCUCCAAUACGUUGUGUAUAUUGUGACAUCUCUUGGAUUUGUGCGUCAAUCAUUCGAUGUUAUUGUAGAUGGCAUUGAGAAGAGCAUUGUACAAGCUCAUGAAAAUCUCCGUCCUGGAUCAAUUUUUGUAAAUAAGGGGGAGCUGUUAGAUGCUGGUGUAAAUCGCAGUCCUAGUGCAUAUCUUAAUAAUCCUGCAGAAGAGCGCAACAAAUACAAGUAUGAUGUUGACAAAGAAAUGACCCUUUUGAAGUUUGUUGAUGAUGAGUGGGGUCCAGUUGGUAGCUUCAAUUGGUUUGCUACUCAUGGAACUUCGAUGAGUCGCACAAACUCUUUGAUAAGUGGGGAUAACAAAGGUGCUGCUGCACGAUUUAUGGAGGACUGGUUUGAAAAGAAUGAUAUUGAUAGCUUAUAUGCUGAUGAAGUAGCUGAUGGAAUCCCUCGAAGAGUCCCAGAUAUAAUUCCGCGUGUCCCUAGUAAUCAUCAUGAGCUCCUAGAGCUUGCUGCUUCCUUCGAGUCUUCUCCUGGUAGACCAGCAACCAAGAUGCUUAGUGUUGCAAGACGUGUCAGGGGGGAUGUUAGGCAGGCUGAGAAACCUGGAUUUGUAUCAGCAUUUUGUCAAACCAACUGUGGGGAUGUUAGCCCUAAUGUGCUUGGAGCCUUCUGUACAGACACUGGGCUACCCUGUGACUUCAACCACAGUACCUGUGGUGGAAAGAAUGAGUUAUGCUAUGGCCGAGGACCAGGUUAUCCCGAUGAGUUUGAAAGUACACGUAUUAUUGGGGAGAGACAAUUGAGAAAAGCUAUGGAACUUUUCAACACAGCAUCUGAGCAGUUAAAUGGAAGGGUGGAUUAUCGUCACACUUUUCUAGACUUCUCUCAGCUUGAAGUGACCCUUCCUAAACAAGGAGGAGGCACUGAGGUAGUAAAAACUUGCCCUGCUGCAAUGGGGUUUGCAUUUGCUGCAGGAACAACAGAUGGACCAGGAGCUUUUGAUUUUAAACAAGGAGAUGACAAGGGAAAUGCCUUCUGGAGGCUGGUCCGUAACUUCCUAAAAACACCAAAUAAGGAACAAGUCAAUUGUCAGCAUCCAAAGCCCAUCUUACUUGAUACUGGUGAAAUGAAGCGACCAUAUGAUUGGGCACCUUCAAUACUUCCAAUUCAGAUCCUCAGAGUGGGGCAACUAGUCAUUCUCAGUGUACCAGGAGAAUUCACAACAAUGGCUGGGAGGCGUCUUCGAGAUGCUGUUAGGACAGUGCUCACAAGUGGAAAUAAAGAAUUCAAUAGAAAUGUACACGUUGUUAUAGCUGGGUUGACUAAUACUUAUUCACAGUACGUGACCACCUUUGAAGAGUACGAAGUGCAGAGAUAUGAAGGCGCCUCCACUUUAUUUGGGCCGCACACGCUCAGUGCAUACAUUCAGGAGUUCGAGAAGCUUGCGCACGCCCUUGUCGAUGGACAGACGGUGGAGCCUGGUCCGCAACCACCUGAUCUCCUGAAUAAGCAGAUAAGCUUCCUUACACCAGUUGUAAUGGAUGCAACCCCACCUGGUGUAAAUUUCGGUGAUUGCAGCUCUGAUGUUCCCAAGAAUUCUACCUUCAAGAGAGGUGACACAGUAACAGUUGUCUUCUGGUCAGCAUGCCCCAGGAAUGACCUCAUGACUGAAGGUACAUUUGCGCUUGUGGAGAUCCUUGAAGGAAGUAGUAGCUGGGUUCCAGCUUAUGAUGAUGAUGAUUUCUGUCUUCGUUUUAAAUGGUCAAGGCCUUCAAAACUAAGUACCCGUAGUCAGGCAACCAUAGAAUGGAGGAUCCCUCAGUCUACCACACCUGGUGUCUAUAGAAUAAGACAUUUUGGUGCUGCAAAGAGCCUAGUGGGUUCGGUUCGCCAUUUCACUGGCUCAUCUAGUGCUUUUGUUGUAGAAUGAUUAACUCCUUGUGAUGCCAUCCAGUGAUUCCUUGUAUUUGUUGUGAACGUGAUAGAAUUACAAGUGGUUAGUGGCCAGCAUGAUAUUUCAAGUUUCUAUAA